AGCUCAGUUGUGGAUGGACGCUUGCUGGGAGCUGUUGUGCCGCCAGAUCUGAACAGGCACUCCACUUGCCACCUGGAGGGGAGGAACUUUAUCGGAACCCGCAUCGAGAGCUGUGCCAACGCUUCUAAUCAAUCAUCCUAUACUGUAUACAACUUGUUGGAGUAGUCAGGAAGUGUCCUCCGGCCGGAAUGUCUGCCGAUCCCCCAACUCCUCCUGCCACUGCGGCUCCUUCCGCCGGAAAGGGUCUUCAUUCCAGGGCGUACAAUGGACUCAUAAAUGCCUGCGACAAGUUUGUGCCGGCCAAGCUGCGACCCCUGUGGAUGCAUCCAGCAGGUCCCAAGACCAUAUUCUUUUGGGGUCCCAUCGUUAAAUGGGGCCUGGUUGUUGCUGGAAUUGGAGACCUGACGCGUCCUGCGGACACCAUUUCACCCAACGCCUGUCUGGCUCUGGGGGGCACGAACCUCAUUUGGACGCGCUACUCCCUGGUCAUCACCCCGAAGAACUACAGCCUGUUUGCAGUGAAUCUCUUCGUGUGCGUGACGCAGCUCUUCCAACUGGGACGGGCCCUCAACUACCAGUAUGGGCAGGCGCAGCUGGAAAAGGCUGGCAAGGAAAAAUCCAGUUCAUAGUAGGCCAAUUAUAGCAUUUGUUAGAUUUCUUAAAAAUAAAUAAAUAAAAUUAUUAUAAACACAA